CGGCACUGCAAUACGUUAAAUACAACAUCGUACAAUCAUCGAAUAGUUUCAGUUUGAACUGGCAACGUUUGCAAGCUCGUUCAUUCAUCGAUUUUGGUGACUUUGGUUUUUGUAUACGUAAUUCCAGUUUCCUUCGCUCAAUCUCCUGCCAUGCUGUCGUUGUAUAGAGCAAUUAUAAUAUUACUUGUAGUUGUCACGGUGUACACUUAUGCACGUCCAGAAAAUCAACCGUCUUGUAGUUGCGAUCAUUGCGAUAACGAAGUAAAAACUGAUGUAAAGGAGGAAAAUGAAAAUGUAUUAUCGACGACGAAAUUGUUAUAUAAAGAAGACAGCGAUGGCGAUGGCAAUCGUACUAUUUGCGCUCGAAGUCGCGAUUUCAAUGACCGUACCUUCCCAAGCGUUUGUCAUAUGUUAUGUUACAAUCGAUGUCUCGUACUGCGACUUUCUACUGUCACAGUAAGUGACACGAAGAAAUAUGUCGUGCUUGCAUAUAGAAACAAUUACUACAAACUACGGGACGGUGAAUGCUGAAGGGUUCCAUGGAACUACGCUGUGACGUCAUGACGUUAAUUGGCAGUACCACGAGGUUAGUAAAUUCUUCGCAGUUUAGUAAGCGUCGAUAUGUAAACAAUUUUGUACUUGAAAUUACCAUAUGUAUACUUUAUACAAAAAAUAAUAGAUAUAUUUGAAUGUGAAUACUAAAUAAAUUAAAAGUAAAACGACGAAACAUGUAUUGCCUAUGUUACGAACGAUUACCGGGAAUGUAAUAUUGUAACUCGAAUAGCAAUAUUCUUUGAUUAUUGUACAAUAAGUA